UGGGGUGAGACCUUCAUUAAAGCCCUCUCUGUGCCCAGCCCAGGUAGGGACAGGCUCCAGUGGCUGGAAGCAGGCCCCUUAGGGCAGCCCUGGGCUCUGCCGACACCAGCCCCUGAGCCGGAGCCUGCAGGUGUUGGGGAGAGACCCGGCUGGGGCCGGGCAGUAAAGUGACUACACAAGCGCUCCCUCCUUGCCCCCUCUCUGCUCCCUGGUGUCUGUGAGUCCCAGAGCUGCUGCCCUCACAGACACACCCAACUCACACUCCUGUGAGCAGUGGCAGCCGCUGAUCUAAUGAGAGCAAAUGCCCAUGGGAACAGGAGAGUAAUCAGUUCUCCGGGGCAGAGGGCAGGGGAGAGAGGGAAGGUGAUAGAAACAGAGACUGACCAGACUGGAAGGGGCAGCAGGAGCAGGAAGUGGGUGGGAGGUUCCCAACUCCUAGCCCUGCCCGGAUCUAUUCCCUGCACCCUCUGGGAAGACUGACUCUCCUGGGAACAAGGGGAGGAGCUGACAGAGCAAAAGCCAGUUCCUGUCCCAGCCGAGUUCCUGCGCUGCUGGGGGGAUGUGCUCCCCUUGGGGCCAAUGUCAGGGGGAUCCCCAAAAGUGGCUCCUUUGAUUCUGCUCUUUUUCCAGAAUUCAGCUCAGAGAUGCUAUUAUGGGGAGAGUUUAAAAGUGUCCCCAGUAGGUUUAGUUCUGCUGGGAGAGGCCUGGCCUGGAUGAUAAUAAUCUAACAGUUUCUUCCCAGCGUGGCAGAGUCCAGCGCGUCUGUCUGCAGGGAGAGAGCCUGGGGGGAAUUGGGGUGUGAAAUGGACUCAAGCCCCUUCUGAAACCUCCCCAAUCACCCCUCUCGCCCUGACAGGCUGAAGAAUCGCAUCCCGAUUUUGCUCCAGAUCGUCCCGUCUUCCAGGAGACAGGGAAGGGAAAUGGCUGUGAUGGAGCCAGCUCAGAUGCCGGUGACCUUCGAGGAGGUGGCUGUGUAUUUCACCCAGGGGCAGGGGGCUCUGCUGGACCCCACUCAGAGAGCCCUCUACAGGGACGUCAUGCAGGAGAACUACGAGACGGUGACCUCGCUGGGAUUUCCCCUUCCCAAACCUGAGCUGAUCGCCCAGCUGGAACGAGGGGAAGAGCCGUGGGUGCCCGAUCUCCAGGCCUGCGAGGAAAGAGAGAUCCCGAGAGGCGCCCGCACAGCAGGUGCUGAGCGAGGGAGUGAGAACGAGGAGGGGAAUCAUCAUGAGGAAGUGGAACCACAGGGGACCUUUGUGGGAAGAGCUGAAGGGAAUUUUUCCCAGUGCUUGGAAGAGGGAGAAGCCUGGGGAAAUUGGCACAGAUCAGAAAGGCUGAUGGGAAACCGCCCGAGGAAGAAAGUGGAUGAAUCUGUUAUCUAUAGGGGAGGAAACAAGGAUCCCACAGCCCAGCAGACAAAUCCCAAGGAAGAAAAACCCUACCACUGCCUCCAGUGUGGGAAAGGAUUCAUUCUGAGAUCACAGCUGGUUACACAUCAAACAAUCCAUAACAGCUCAGACUUUAAUACCCAUGGGAGAAUCGAUACAGGAGAGAGACGCUAUCAAUGCCUUGAGUGUGGGAAAUGUUUUAAUUGGAUGUCAGCACUUAUUACACAUCAGGCAACCCACAUGGGAGAGAGACCCCAUAAGUGCUUGGAGUGUGGGAAAAGCUUCAGUAACAGCUCAAAUCUUACUAAACAUCGGAGAAUCCACAUGGGAGACAGACCCUAUAAAUGCCUCGAGUGUGGGAACUGUUUCAGUCAGAAGACCACCCUCAUUAUGCAUCAGAAAACCCACACAGGAGAGAAACCCCAUAAGUGCUUGGACUGUGGGAAAAGUUUCACACAGAGAUCAGCCCUGAGUACACAUCAGACAAUCCACACAGGAGAGAGACCCUAUAAGUGCCUCGACUGUGGGAAAAGUUUCAUUCAGCGCUCACACCUUCUUCGACAUCUGAGAAUUCAUACUGGGAAUAAACCUCAUAAAUGCCUCCACUGUGGGAAAAGUUUCAUUCAGAGAACAAACCUUAUUUCCCAUCAGACAAUCCACACAGGAGAGAAGCCCUAUAAAUGCUUGGAAUGUGGGAAAAGCUUCAAGAACAGCUCCUACCUCACUAAACAUCGGACAAUCCACACGGGAGACAGUCCCUAUAAAUGCCUCCUCUGUGGGAAAAGUUUUGUUCUCAGUUCCGACCUGAUUGUGCAUCAGAGAAUUCACACAGGAGAGAAGCCCUACGUAUGCUUGGACUGUGGGAAAAGCUUCAAGAACAACUCCUACCUUACUAAACAUCGGAGAAUGCACACAGGAGAGAGACCUUAUAAAUGCCUCGAUUGUGGGAAGUGUUUCAGUCAGAAAUCAUCCCUUAGUACCCAUCAGACAAUCCACACUGGAGAGAGACCCAAUAAAUGCUUGGACUGUGGGAAAAGUUUCACCCAGCGAUCAGCCCUUGUUAUACAUCAAAGAAUCCACACAGGAGAGAGACCCCAUAACUGCUUGGACUGUGGGAAAAGUUUCACGCACAGAUCAGCCCUCCUUAGACAUCAGGCCAUCCACACAGGAGAGAGACCCCAUGAGUGCGUGGAAUGUGGGAAACGUUUCAUUCAGAGAUCAACCCUUAUUAGACAUCAGGCAGUCCACACAGGAGAGAGACCCCAUGGGUGCUUGGACUGUGGCAAAUGUUUCACCAACAGAUCAUCCCUUAUUAGGCAUCAGGCAAUCCACACAGGCGAGAGACCGCAUAAGUGCUUGGACUGUGGGAACAGUUUCAUUCAGAGAUCAAACCUUAUUAUACAUCAGAGAAUCCACACGGGCUAUAAACCUCAUAAAUGCCUGGCCUGUGGGAAAAGUUUCAGGAAGAGCUCAUACCUUACUAAACAUCUAAGAACUCACAAAGGCCUGGGAGACCCACGGAACAGCUUGAUUAUGGAAAAAGAUUCAAUCCGAGCUCAGACAUCAGUGAUCCACAAAACUGAGAGACCUGCCCUCUACAGGGACGUCAUGCAGGAGAACUACGAGACGGUGACCUCGCUGGGAUUUUCCAUUCCCAAACCUGACCUGAUCGCCCGGCUGGAACGAGGAGAAGAGCCGUGGGUACCCGAUCUCCAGGCUGCUAAGGAAAGAGAGAUCCUGAGAGGUGCCCACACAGCAGGUGCUGAACGAGGGAGUGAGAAUGAGGAGGGGAAUCAUCAUGAGGAAAGUCCUGAUGAAGUGGAACCACAGGGGACCUUUAUGGGAAGAGCUGAAGGAAAUUUAUCCCAGUGCUUGGAACAGGGAGAAGCCUGGGAAAAUUGGCACAGGUCAGAGAGGCUGCUGGGAAACUACCCAAGGGAGCAAGUAGGUGAAUCUAUUAAAUGUAGGGGAGGAGACAAGGAUCCCAAAGCCCAGCAGACAGACCCCAGGGAAGAGAAACCCUACCACUGCCUCAAAUGUGGGAAAAGAUUCAUUGUGAGACCACACCAUCUUACACUUCAGACAAUCCAUACUGGAGAGAAACCACUUCAAUUCUUGGACUAUGGGGAAAGCUUCAAUAACUGCUCAGAUCUUAAUUACAAUGGGCGAAGCCACAUAGGAGAGAAACCCUAUCAAUGCCUCGAGUGCGGGAACUGUUUGAAUCGGAAGUCAGCACUGAUUACACAUCAGAUAAACCACAUGGGAGAGAGACCCCAUAUGUGCUUGGAUUGUGGAAAAAGUUUCAUUCGGAGGUCAGACCUUGUUAGACAUCAGGCAAUCCACACAGGAGAGAGACCCCAUGAAUGCUUAGACUGUGGGAAAAGUUUCAUACGGAGGUCAGAUCUUGCCAAACAUCAGGCAAUCCACACUGGAGAGAGACCCCAUAUGUGCUUGGACUGUGGGAAAAGUUUCACACGGAGAUCAUCCCUUCUUCAACAUCAGGGAAUCCACAGAGGAGAGAACCCCCAUAAGUGCUUAGACUGUGGAAAAAGUUUCAUAUGGAGGUCAGACCUUGUUAAACAUCAGGUAUUCCACAGAGGAGAGAGACUCCAUGAGUGCUUGGACUGUGGGAAAAGUUUCAUUCAGAGAUCAGAUCUUGUUAAACAUCAAACAAUCCACACAGGAGAGAGACCCCAUAAGUGCCUGAACUGUGGGAAAAGUUUCGUACGGAGGGCUGACCUUGUUAAACAUGAGGUACUUCACACAGGAGAGAGACCCUAUAAGUGCUUGGACUGUGCAAAAAGUUUCGUAUGGAGGUCAGACCUUGUUAAUCAUCGGGCAACCCACACAGGAGAGAGACCCCAUAAGUGCUUGGACUGUGGGAAAAGUUUCAUACGGAGAUCAGCCCUUGUUAAUCAUCAGGCAACCCACACUGGAGAGAGACCCCAUAAGUGCUUGGACUGUGGAAAAAGUUUCGUUCGGAGGUCUGACCUUGUUAAACAUCAGUCAUUCCACACUGGAGAGAGACACCAUAAGUGCCUGGACUGUGGAAAAAAUUUCAUACAGAGGUCAGAUCUUAUUAAACAUCAGGCAAUCCACACAGGAGAGAGACCCCAUAAGUGCCUGGAUUGUGGGAAAAGUUUCACACGUAGAUCAGCUUUAGUUAAUCAUCAGGCAAUCCACACAGGAGAGAGGCCCCAUAAGUGCUUGGACUGUGGGAAAAGUUUCAUAGAGAGAUCACAACUCACUAAACAUGAGAGAAUCCACACAGGAUCUAAACUUCUGUGACCCCUGGCCAGAAAGGGUUAAGAAACUUGCAGGCUAAUUGACCCAGAUUCAUCCUUCAGAGACAUGUUCGAAAAGUGUGUAAAUGGAAAAUAGGGCCAUUCCAUGUUGGAUAGACUAGAACUUUGAAAUGUAAACUUUUAUUGUUAAAGAACUGGAAGAAGAUGGUAACUAUAGUAGUCUAUGUUUACCUAUAUCUUGUUAGAGUUUAACAUUGUAACCAAACGGUUCCUGUCUAGGGCUGUAUUCUGUUAAUUUAGAGAUCAAAAGGAAACUUAAUGUCAUUGUCUCUUAUAUUUUUGGUAAACUCUGUCUGAACUGCUUUAUGGAUAAAUGUCUUAUGUUAAUGCCUUUAAUUAAUUACCGGUGCUGUUUAGGAAAUAGAAAGUUACAUCAACAGCCUAUUGGUCACCCAAGGACUGCGUGCUGACGAGAGGCUGCAAAAAUCUCUAGAAAAACUCUUGGAAUGUGAUCCUUUUCUCUCAGAUCUUUGUUAGUUUUAUUCGUGGGGCGUUUGAGUCGUUAGACUGAGCUCUCCAGUCCCAUCUGCACCACCUUGAUAUUGGACAUUGGACUAUAUAACAGGGGUUCUCAAACUGGGGGUCUAGACCCCUCAGGGGGUCGUGAGGUUAUUACAUGAGGGUUCGAGCUGUCAUCCUCCACCCCAAACCCCGCUUUGCCUCCAGCAUUUAUAAUGGUGUUAAAUAGAUAAAAAGGUAUUUUUAAUUUAUGGGGGGGGCUCACACUCAGAAGCUUGCUGUAUGAAAGGGGUCACCACUACAAAAGUUUGAAAAUCUCUGGACUAUAACCUGAUGAAAUGAUUCUGAAAAGGAUUCUUUGCCAUUCUAAAGCACCAUCUCUACUAUGAACUGCCCUAAGGACUCUAUGCAUGUCUGUGUGUAUAAUGAUCUUCUAACCCAUACUCUCUUUUCUUCUUUUAAUAAAGCUUAGUUUAGUUAAUAAGAA